UCUCUCUCUUAGGUUUCUCUCUCCUCUCUCAUCUUCUCUCAGGUUUCUCUCUCCUCUCUCCUCUCUCAUCCCCUCUCUCUCUCUCUCUCUCUCUCUCUCUCUCUCUCUCUCUCUCCCCCCAGAAGGGCAAAACCUUAAAGUCCCGUUUACACCCCCAAUUCUCAUGGAUGAUGAUGCAUUGAACAUCCGCAAUUGGGGUUACUAUGAGCCCUCCUCAUUUAAGGGGAACUUGGGUCUGCAGCUCAUGUCUAACAUGGCAGAGCGGAAUACCAAGCCCUUUUUACCUGGUAGAGAUCCCAGUCUCAUGGUUGGUGGCAAUGGGACAUUCCAUCCCCGUGAUUGCGUUGUUUCUGAAACUCCUAUGCCUAUGAAUUAUGCUUGGAUAAACCAGCAUAGAGACAAGUUUUUUAACAUGAUCCCGGGCAAUACUACCAAUUAUAAUGUCCUUCCAGAGACUUCCAGUGCUCAAUCCAUGCAGAUUUUGCAGCCACCACCCAGUUCAUCAAGGGACGAGAGGGCGGUGGGUAGAAUUGAAGAACCUGUUCCUAAUAAGGAGGGUGCUCAGUCGAAGAAAAGACAGAGUAGUGGUGCACCCAAAACCCCAAAAGCAAAGAAGCCUAGGAAGCCAAAAGAUAAUAACAAUCCUACAGUUCAACGUGUGAAGCCAGUGAAGAAGAGUAUGGAUGUUGUAAUAAAUGGGAUUGAUAUGGACAUUUCUGGGAUCCCAAUUCCAGUUUGCUCUUGCACUGGAACUCCACAGCAAUGUUAUCGAUGGGGCUGUGGUGGUUGGCAAUCUGCUUGUUGUACUACUAAUGUGUCAAUGUAUCCAUUGCCAAUGAGCACCAAGAGACGCGGUGCAAGAAUAGCUGGACGGAAGAUGAGCCAAGGUGCAUUCAAGAAGGUGUUGGAGAAACUGGCUGCUGAAGGUUAUAACUUUGCUAACCCAAUUGAUUUGAGGACUCACUGGGCUAGGCACGGUACCAACAAGUUUGUCACUAUCAGAGUGGUUCACUGUUGUUGAUUCUCAUC